AUGUACAAUAUUUUGAACUACAUAUAUAAAGAUAAUAAAGAAGAAAAGAAGAAUGACAAAGAUAAGGAUGUGGAUGUAAAAAUAAAAAAACAUGAUUCUGAUGAUAGUGAUGAUGCAUUAAAAAAAGAUAACAGAAGUCAUAGUAAAAAAAAAGAUGUUGAUAAGAACACAUAUUAUGAUAAUAGUUAUAAUAAUGAAGAGGAAGAUAGGAGAAAAAAAAAAAGGGAUUCUAGAAAAUAUAGUGUUGAUGAUUCUUAUAAUAAAAUAAAAAAUAAAAUAUAUAAUGAUCAUAAAACGGAUGAAUAUGAUUCCUAUGCAUAUAAGAAAAAAUCAUCCUAUCAUCAUAUUAAUCGUGAAAAAUAUCUAGACGAAAAAAAAAAGAAAUAUUAUGAACGUAGAGAUAAAAAAAGUAAAAGAAGAAGUUAUGAUUAUUCUUCUAAUGAUGAUGAAAGUGAUGAUAGUAACAGAUCUGAUUAUUAUAAUGAAAGAAAUAAAAAAUAUUAUAAAUAUCAAGAUAAAAAGAAAAAAGAAAAAGAAAAAGAAAAGAAAAGAAAAAGAAGAUAUCACCAUACAGAUGAUUAUGACGAUGACGAUCAUCUUGAAAGUUGUUCAAGUAGUAGUUCUUCUAGUAAGGGUUCAAUAAAUGUAAGAGACAAACAAAAACAUAAAAAAAUAGAUUCGUAUGAAAAAGAAAGAAAAAGAAAAAAAAGAGAUAGUAAUAGUAGUAGUUAUAGUAGUUAUGAUGAGGAUACAAAAGAACGUGAUAAGAAGAGAAAAUCAUAUCAUCAUGAUUAUAUAAAGGAUGAUAAAAAAAAAAAAAAUUAUCAUAAAUAUGAAUCGAAUGAAGUUAACAACAACAAUAAUAAUAAUAAUAAUAAUAAUAAUAAUAAAGAUAUGUCAAAUGAAGAUAUAAACGAAUCACAUGAAACACAUAAAACACGUGAAACACCUAUCAAUAUGAAUAACAUGUCAAAAGAAAACCAAAGAAUAUGUGAAGAAAAUAAAAUUGAAAAGGAAAAAGAGAAAAUAUCUGAUGUAAAAGAUAAUACAACUACAGAAAAUAAUAAUUUAAGCAGAUUAGAAAGAUUAAAAUUAUUUGCUCGAAAAAUAAAAAAAACAAAUGACACAACAUAUGACACAACAAAUGAAAAACAUACAAAAUUUACUUUAAAUACUAAGGUUAAUAAAAUAACAAAUUUAAAUAUAUUUAUGAAUGACGAAGAUGAUGAUAUUGAUAAUUCAAGAGAAAAAAUAUUUGACAUGAAAAAUGAAAACAACAUAAGGAUACAAAAUGUCGAUGACAAUAAUUAUAAAAUUGAUAUAAAAAAAAAAAAAGAGGAAAAAAAUAAAAACAAAAUAAAUCAAAAUCGUAAAAUGAAGGAAAAUCAUAAAAUGAAGGAAGAAAAUAAUAAUAAUAGUUAUGAUAAUAAUGGUGAUGAUUUACUGCUUGUUCAAAAUAAUAAUACCAAUGAAGAUGCUCUGGAUCUUUAUAUGAAAGAAAUAGAAGAAGCAUGGGAAGAAGAAAAUAAAAAUGUAAAACAAACUAUAACGUUAGAUGAAAUAUAUACAUAUGAUAUGAAUAAACAUAAAUAUGAACAUUAUAUUAACCCUAAAAAUAAUGAAGAAAUAAAAGAAGAUAAUAGAAAAGAAAAAAAAGAUAAUGUUGAAAAGGAAAAUAUUUAUAAUAAUAAUAAUGUGAAUACACAAGAAGAUCUAGAAAAAACAUAUAAGAAUAAUAAUAAGACGAUUAAUACAAAUAAUAAUUAUUGUGAUGAAUAUACUCAUUGUGAUGAUGAAGACACGUUUCACAAAUUAUUUAUAGAAGAACUUAAAAAAAAAACAGAAGAAGAUAUGAAAAGAAAUGAAAAUGAUAAUGUGAAUGAAUUUAAUUUAAGAGAUUCAAAAAAUAAAAAAUUGAAUAAAGAAUUAAGUAUAUCAUUUAAUAGUUCAGAUGAUACAGAUAAUAGAGAGGAAUGUCUAAGUAGUAAUAAAAGUGAAUUAAAUUAUGAAGAGAAUGGUAUGAAAAAAAUGAAUAAGAAAAUAUUAGAAGUAAAUCAUGAUGAAAUAGAUUAUGUACCUAUAAAAAAAAAUAUUUAUGUACAGGUUAAAGAAAUAACAAAUAUGAAAGAUAGUGAUGUUGAAAUGUUUAGAAAAAAUAAUGGAAAUAUAAUAGUUCGAGGAAAAAAUUGUCCACGUCCAAUACAAUAUUUUUAUCAAUGUGGAUUACCAUCAAAAAUAUUACAAAUAUUAGAAAGAAAAAAUUUUAAAAAAAUGUAUAAUAUACAAAUGCAAACAAUACCUGCAUUAAUGUGUGGACGUGAUGUUAUAGCUAUAGCUGAAACUGGAAGUGGAAAAACAUUAUCAUAUUUAUUCCCUUUAAUUAGACAUGUAUUACAUCAAGAGCCAUUAAGAAAUAAUGAUGGACCAAUAUCAAUUAUUUUAACUCCUACAAGAGAAUUAAGUAUACAAGUAAAAAACGAAGCGAAAAUAUAUUGUAAAGCUGUAGAUAUAGAUAUAUUAGCUGUUUAUGGUGGUUCAAAUAUAUCUAGACAAUUAAAGAGAUUAAAAAAAGGAGUAGAAAUAUUAGUGGGAACACCUGGACGUAUAAUAGAUAUAUUAACUGUAAGUAAUUGUAAAGUUACAAAUUUAAAUCGUGUAUCCUUUGUUGUUUUAGAUGAAGCUGAUAGAUUAUUAGAUUUAGGAUUUGAAUCACAAAUAUAUAAUAUAUUAAGAAAUUGUAGAAAAGAUAAACAGACAGCUAUGAUAUCAGCUACCUUUCCAAAUUAUAUACAAAAUAUGGCAAAGAAAUUAUUAUAUAAACCGAUAGAAAUAAUUGUAGGAGAAAAAGGAAAAACAAAUAAUAAUAUAUAUCAAUUUGUUGAAAUAAUUGAAGAAUCAAAAAAAGUAUUUCGCUUAUUAAAACUUUUAGGAGAAUGGAUAAAUUAUGGUUUAAUAUUAAUAUUUGUAAAUAAACAAAUAGAAGCAGAUUUAUUAUAUUUAGAAUUAUAUAAAUAUGAUUAUAAUUUAUUAGUAUUACAUGGAGGACAGAAUCAAACAGAUCGUCAAUAUACCUUAGAAAAAUUUAAAAAAGAAGAGAAUAAAAUCUUAAUAGCUACAUCUGUUAUGGCUAGAGGUAUUGAUAUCAAAAAUAUUAUUCUUGUAAUUAAUUAUCAAUGUCCUGAUCAUAUUGAAGAUUAUAUACAUCGUAUUGGAAGAACUGGAAGAUCUAAUAAUAUUGGAUAUGCAUAUACAUUUAUAUUACCAGAUGAAUAUUCAAAAGCAUAUGAUAUAUAUAAUUUAUUAAAAAAUAAUAUAUAUUAUUUAAAUAAAACUAUAGAUAUACCACAAGAGUUAGAAAAUAUGAUUAUUGAAUAUACCAAUAUUAAUAGUAUCAAUGAAAAACAAAAAGCAAAAUAUAAAAAUCUGGGUUAUAAAGGUAAAGGUUAUAAAUUUACUCCAGAUGAAAAAUCUAGACAGCAAAUAGAUAUAGCAUUAGCAAAAAAAGAAUUAGGAUAUACACAAGAAAAUGAUGAUAAAGAAAAUAUACAACUAGAUGAUGAACUUGUUGAUAAUCUAGAACAUAACAAUAAUAUUGAUUCUAAUGAAAACAAUUUGGACUACAAUAAAAAUUUUAAUAAUUCUCAAGACAAUAAAGAUUCAAAAAAUUUAUAUACACAACAUAAUAUUCAUAAUAAUAAUACUUUUGAAGAUAAAAAUGUUGCAGGUUCUAAAAAUAUGAACAAAAAAAAUUAUACAAAUGAUAAGAAAAAUACAAAUAAUCAAUUUACAGAUAUUACAAAGGUCGAACAAGAAAUACAAAGAAUCAAAAUGAAUGAUACAAUGGAAUUAUCUUUAAAAGCAAAAAAAAUUAAUGAAUUAAUGAAGACUUAUAAUUUCUUAACGCUUCAAGAAAAUCAUGAUAAAAUUUUAAAAAAUGCACAGUAUGAAGAAUUUGAUAAAAUAGCUGAAAAAGAAGCUUUAAAAGCAACAGAACAUAUAGAAGAUGAAAAAGAAAAAAAAUUAAUUUUUAAUAAAACAAAAGAAGAUAUCAAAAAUAAAUUAAUACAAAAUAAAAUACAAUCAGAUACUAUGAAUCAAAGUAUACAAAGAAAUAUGUUAUUAAGUGCAUUAAGAACAAAAAAUAUGAAAAAAUAUUCUCCAUAUUUACCACAUACAUAUAUAACAGAAGAUAAUAAUAUAUUAGAAGAAUUCUAUAUUAAUAAUUAUCCACAACAUGUACGUUUAAAAAUAUCACAUAAAGAUGUAUUAGCAAAAAUAGCUGAUAUGUCAGGUGCUACAUGUCAAAUUAAAGGACAAUAUUCUAAUCCUUCACAACCAAAUAAACAAAAUUUCUUAUUAGAUACUAAACAAUUACAUAUAGAAAUUAUAGCACAUACAUAUAAUCAAAUACAAAUAGCUAGAAAUGAACUCAACUCAUUAUUAAAUACUUUUAUGCUUAGUUGUAAUAUUAAAGGUAAAAGAGGUUCAACUGGAUGGGCAGCACCCCAAUAA